GCUCGGUGCCUGCCCCGCCCCGCGUAAGUUGUGGGUGAGUCGGGGAUCCGCCAGGCCGGGCCUGGGCUCCGGGUGGCACGCUGGCUGGUCUGCUAGUGGAUUGUUGUUGCCCACCUCGCGCGAGCAAGAAGGUACACUGUUAGCCUUAACUGAAUUUCCUGAUCGUCAGCACUCUUUCAGUAGUGUUUGAUUUACCUCUCAGCAAAUAUAGAAGACUGAUUCCUGGCAUUCUUAGACAUUCUUUGCUCUACUCUGCUAAAAGCUAGAAUGAAACAGCUGCCGGCAGCAACAAUUCGCCUCCUUUCCAGUUCUCAAAUAAUCACUUCAGUGGUCAGUGUCGUAAAAGAGCUCAUUGAAAACUCCUUGGAUGCUGGUGCCACAAGCAUAGAUGUUAAACUGGAGAACUAUGGAUUUGAUAAGAUUGAGGUGCGAGACAAUGGUGAGGGUAUCAAGGCUAAUGAUGCGCCCGUGAUGGCAGUGAAGUACUAUACCUCAAAAAUAAGAGGUCAUGAAGAUCUUGAAAAUUUGACAACUUACGGUUUUCGUGGAGAAGCCUUGGGGUCCAUUUGUUGUGUAGCUGAGGUUUUAAUUACAACAAGGACUGCUGCUGAUAAUUUUAGCACCCAGUAUGUUUUAGAUGGCAGUGGCCACAUAAUUUCUCAAAAACCAUCACAUCUUGGUCAAGGUACAACUGUAACUGCUUUACGAUUGUUUAAGAAUCUACCUGUAAGAAAGCAAUUUUACUCAACUGCUAAAAAAUGUAAAGAGGAAAUAAAAAAGGUCCAAGAUCUCCUCAUAAACUAUGGUAUACUUAAACCUGAUGUAAGGAUUGUUUUUGUACAUAACAAGAGUCCUGCUGUUACUGCAAAAGCUGAAUUGGAGGGCUUCCCUGGUGGCGCAGUGGUUGAGAGUCCACCUGCUGAUGCAGGGGACACGGGUUUGUGCCCUGGUCCGGGAAGAUCCCACAUGCCGCGGAGCAGCUGGGCCCGUGAGCCAUGGCCGCUGAGCCUGUGCGUCCGGAGCCUGUGCUCCACAACGGGAGAGGCCACAACAGUGAGAGGCCUGCGUACCGCAAAAAAAAAAAAAUAGAGGUGAGGUCUAGCUCUUCAACCUUUCACCCCGUGCCUCAUCCCUAAAACACCAUGAGAACUAGUACCACCUAGUGGAGCAACGGAAGGGGAGGAGACAAGGGAUGUGCUUUAUUCCAUAUCUCUGACUACUCAUCUCUUCCUCUUUGGGGUUACCUGUAACUGAGGGAGGAAGAUUCCUUGUUAUCCUUCAUUCCCAGAAGCUCUUGAUCAUCAUCUCAGCAUGUAUCUCCUCAGGCUAUGUUGGUAAUAAUUAGCUGAUGGGAUGGGGAUAAAGCAAAUUUCCUCCUCUCUAGACCCCUAGAAAGGAGGCUAUGUGGGUAUCUAUUUUGGGGUCAAGGUAAGACUGUUGGGGAUUAUGAGGAUGUUUCUUUCCUAUGAUCUUUCUCACAUUUAGCAGCCAGUGUCUCUUGCAGCCUUUUAGCCGUUCACUUGUCUUUUGCAGCAAACAUGUUAUUCAGUAGGCAACGGGUGCCACCAUGUAAAGAAGCAGAAGAUGUAUUUCCUACUCAUAAGGAGCCUGUAAUUUAUUUUAAAAAGACGCAGUGGGUCUAAGUGCCUAAAAGCAUUGCUGGGUGCAGUGGAGGGGUUAGGAUAGUUUAUAUUUAUUUAUAGGAUCUCAUUUUAAGAACCCACAUGUUUUUCUCCUUUACUUCUGUACGAGAAGCAUUUAAACAUAUUCUUGAUUGUGAUCCAGAGUAUACACUUCUGAUAAAAAUCACAGUCAAAUUUUUUAUGCUCAUUUUUAUGCCGGUGUUUGUUGUGAAUCCUUGCAAGACUUUGAGAUGGAUGUGAUUCAAAUUAUUUUUGCUAUUAAAAUGUAUUUAAGGAGAGUAAGGCCAGACCAGGGCUGCUGUAACUAAAGAGGUCCUUUUGUGGUGCUCAAAUUAAUGGCUCAAGCACUGAAGGGUGAAAAUGAGGUCUGUGUCGCGUCCUUCUCUGCAGAUUGCUUGAUCGGUAGGAUCUGGGUUAAGAUUAUGAUGAAAGAUAGUUUUUUAAUGUCACCAGUAGGAAAGCUUGAACUGACAUUUAUGAAGCUUUACUCUCUUAUUUAGUAUGCCUACUCAGCCGAGUGAGAAUCAUGUUUUCCUUCCUCUCAGGAAGAACAUGGAGAAAUUAUGAAAGCAUUACAAUGUAGCCCUUAUCUGACAGUGGAAAUUCUAGCCGUGAUUCCAGGCUGCCUGACUUAACCCUUAAGACACAAGUAGCUUGUCACAUGAAUAUAUAAGAUAUACAAAAUGCUCUAAGUUUAGUAUUUCAGUGAAUAAAAUUGGCAUACGGAUGUCAUUGAUGUUACUGCUAAAGUUAAUUUUUAAUCAGAAUAGUCAUAAAUUGUAAUAGAGCAGUUUUAUUCUUUAUCAUUCCCAUGCUUUACAGUUACUAAAAGUUCUUAUACAAUCUCUUAAAAAUAGACAUUAUUUUGUCCCUUCAGAAUUCAUUUUAAAUAUCUUCUGCUGCAAGAAUCCUUUUCUGGCAAACUGCAUCUGACACUUAGCUCUUCCUUUUCUGAAUUGUUCUCAGAGUUAUGGACUAUGUUACACAGUUUAGCACUUAAUUGUUACCCAAUUAUUUUAUUUAACAAGUACUAGUUUUACUUCCUGACUUAGUUUUAACCCUUAAGUGCAAAGACCACACCUUACAGUUUUUGAAUUCUCCAAGAAGCAUGCACACAGGAAGAUAUACUGUAAAUGCUUGUUGUUUGAUUUCACAGUCCCUGCAAAAUGUACUAUAGUUGAUAUUUUCUAAUCAUUAAAGCUUUUGAAUAAUAGAGGAAGUUCUAUCUUAGAAGCUUAUAAAUAUGUGAAGGAAAGCUGAAAACUAAGUUUAAAAGUUGAAUCUUUAAUAUGUUAGCUUUUUCCCUAGGAUACCAUCCUGCCAUCCAUUGCACAUUUGUAAAAACAGCAGUGUGUUUUAAUCAUUUACUUAUGUCCCCACCUCAUUCUGCAAAUUAUUUGAGACAGCUUACCAAAAUAUGCAGUAAGCUGGAAACCAUAAAGUGCUCAGGCUUGAAUUAGACUAUCUUGUAUUCCAGCUCCCCUCCCUAUAAGCUCUGUGUCCUUUAGGCAAGCUGCUUAAUCACUUUAAGCCUCUUAGACUUUUGUGCCACAGAAUAGGCUAAUGAGUACUAAAUAAACUAUUCUAUGCAAAGUAUAUAGCAUAUUACCUGGCACAUAGUUAGCCUUCAAUAAAUGUUAAAUAACAUGCAAUAAAAGUAAAAUAAAAAGUUAUAAUAAAAAUCAGGACCAGGGGAAAUGUAACGUAGAAGAUUCUACCCUAAGAGGUUACAUUGCAGUUAUGCAUGAGAGCCUGGCCAUAAAUGACUAGUCAGUGUACAGUGUUUUUAAAGUUAUCUUUGGGGAAGUGAAAUUUUUACUGGCUUUGCUGUAAAAGCAGUUCUCACGUGUGGCUUGCUAUGAGGAGACAUUGGGCAUAUAGUAUAUAGUGUUGUUAAGGCUUGACCUUAAACACAGGCAGUUUGGGGUGGCAGUCUCCUAAGACCUGUUUGAAGGUAUGCCAAGGGUAUAACGCCAGCAUGUAAAAUUCACAAAGGCCCCCAAAACAUUGUUGUAUUAGUUAUAGACUUUUUUUUUUUUUAAAGCAACUUACAUGUCUUUCUUUUUUUAAACUUGCAAAGUGAAGCUUAUAGAAACUUCAUUUCUUCUUUCCGUUUUUACUCAUACGUGGGAGUUGGAAGUUUUCUCCAUCGUUACCCAGGGUACCUUUUAUCCACAAGUGCUUUCUUCCUUAUAUCCCAGCCAGCAGGCCACUGCCUGCUCAGUUUCGUUUUAGCUCUCUUUUGCUCAGCUGCUGUUACGUGUCAAGCCCAGUGCCAGGUCCUGGUAUGAGCUCCUCAAGGAGCUCAGUCUGCUCCUCCUUCAGGUAAAUCCUGCCCCCUUCCACCCGCCAGACUAUAAGCUCUGUGGUGGUUAAACACGUGUUCUGUAUAUUGUCACAGUCUCAGUGCAGAGCAGGGGCUCCGGCAUGUGGUCUGGGUGCUCAGUAAGGACUGUUGAGUGAAUGAAUGCAGGAGAUUCUUGCAGUGCUGCACAUGGGUGGGCGUGGAAGUGCUGAUUGUUGCGUGUCAUAUAUAAAGUCUCUUUCAUGCGACACAGGAAGGUUCAUGAAGCUUCUGCUAGGUCCACUGCUCUUUGUGGGGUCCUCUACUCUUUCUGGAAGGUCCAUUGCUGUUGGUGGCCCUGACUUUGGCAGAGAUACUGGCUUGUUGUUCACCUGCUAUUUCCUUUUCUUCAUGGACACACACUGGACUCCACUUCCUAGCCUUCCUUGCAGUUAGGUAUGAGCAUAUGACUGAUUCUGCCCAGUGGAAUGUAAGCAGGAAUGACGUGUCACUUCUAAACCCAGCCCAUAAAAUUUUCCAUGUGCCAUCCUCUCUUCCGUCCUUUGCUGGAUAUCGGUGCCCAGGGUAACCAUGUGAGGAAGAAGACAGAGUCUCUGCAGCCUGGGUCCCUGAAUGACUAUGUGAAGCAGAGCUGCUACUCUUCCUGUGCCUUGACCAUUGGACUUUAUAUGGGCAAGAAAAGAAAACAUCUAAUGGGUGAAACCACUAAGAUUCUGAGGUUUCUCUCUUACAACAGGAGCAUUACCUUAACCAAUACUGCCUCCUUUUAUCGCCUGCCCAGUGGAGGGUUUGUUUUUGCUUUGGUUUGGUUUUUGUUUUCUUGCGUUGUUGUUUGAAGAGUAGUCUCUUACUGGUUUUUACCAGGUUGAUCUUUCAGAAACUUUUUUUAAUCUCAGCAUUUGAGAGGUACACCGAGCUAAUUGAAAUGUAUGCUUUGGUCCAUCAAUGGAAAAGGUCUGUCACAACUGCUUUGGUGUGCCACUGCUAAAGGGAUAUGUGUGUUGUGUUCAGUAAGCACAAGUCAGUGGCAGAGCAAGAAAAACAAAACAAAACAAUACUAGUUCCCCGAUACCGCAUCAGUUCUCACCCCUCCCAUGCCAUUAUGAUGUGAUUUCCCCAAGCCAAGCAGCACUGUACAAAAAGCAGCUGUCUUCUUGGGAAGAAAGGAUUUUUUCUUGUUCAUAUCAAUACAUGCCAUGUAUUGCAAUAGAGCAUUCUUGUGGGCCAAGACUGAACAAUCUUGAAAUUCGUGUUGCAGGAUCAGGUAAGAAUGUUGAAUAUUAUAAGGUAAAGAGUUAUUUGGGGCAUAUAAAAAACUUGAUAUUAUGUGUGAUGUGAACUCUUUUAGGAGGGAGGGGAAGAAGGUAGUAAGAAUGUACAUUUUUAAAAAAUUGAUAGAUUAUUGGGCAUGUUUGAUAUUAUCAAGAAAACCUCUCAAAUUAGGUGAUUACAUUUAUUAUAGAAUACUUUUAACAGUGGUUAUGAGGAUGUAUAGUAUAGUACUUAAGCACUGAAGUUCCGAGCUUAGACACCUUGGGUUCAUAUCCUGUUCCACUACCCUAUUGUCUGUGUCACUUUGAACAAGGCACUUUAAUCUCUCUGUGCCUUUUUGGAAAAUGAAGAAAAAAAUGGUACCUAUUACUAGGAAGAAUAAAGGAGAUAAUCUUUGUAAAAUACGUAGCACAGCUCCUGGUAGAGUAAGCUGCUAUAAUAACGUUAUUAAUGAGAGAAAUUAAAUGUUAAUCAUAAUUAUUUCUAAUGGUUCUAGGUUAUUCAAAUGUAGUGUAUUCACAAACAGUUAAGGUCUUGGCAGUAGGUGGUAUGAAAAUAUCUCUGAGUUUCUGUUAGCCUUGAAGGUAAUCCCAAGGGACCACAGUAAAGGUAAGAAAGGACUGAGAAGCUAAGUUUCCACGACCUAUGCGGUCUUCGAGCGUUAUUUGUUGUCAGUUAACAUAUGGUGUUGAAUUGCCACUCAAACAUAUUUAUUAAGCACCUGUUAUGUGAGUUGGUGUUGAAUUGCCACUCAAAAUUAUCAGUAGUUUUGUAACAAGUAGCCAAGGAAGAGUUAAUAACAUUGCAAGGAGAGUCAAUUCAUGUGCCUUUGUUACUACUGUCAGUCACGGAGGUAACAUCCUUUUAUUCUUACUGUUUGAUCCACCAACUUAGUUACCUCAUACUAAAAGGUUUAAAAAGGUAUAGCUCUAGGGUAAAUACAUUUACCAGUGACACAAUACAUUUGCUUAUUUAUUUCAUCAUGUAGAGAAUAAUCAUCUACUCCUUUUUCACAGUUCUCUAAUAA